GCUAUGUUGACAAGUGGAUUCAAACACAAGCAUCAGGGGGAUGUAUCGGAUCAGGUUUUUUCUUUCUCUCCCCUCCUGUCAGCACUGGGAAUGAUGCCUCUCCUGGUAUGUGCAGAGUGGGAGGGACUGCCUGGGUGUCUACGGUCACCGCUGUGUCACCUGCAGGAGGAGCUACAGACAGGGAGAUCCUUCGGGGAAGAGAAUCUGCUUUUGAAGAAGGAACAAAGACAGAGGGGAAGUAGAGGCAGACAGUCAGCCCGGCAGACACCACUGGGGCUGCGUUCUCCGCGCUUUCUAAGGAUGGGAGCAGAGCCAUAGGGGGACAGGCAGCAGAAGCAGCCCUCAGAGGAUCUGUUAACAUUAGCAAAAACAGAAAAAAAACAGACCAGAAAACCAGCAACAACAAAGGCACACCAGGGAACUGAAAUAGCCUUCUGCUUACAUGUAUCAUGCUGACAGGGCAUGCUGUCGUGAACCAUAGUAUCAGAUAGCUUGCCUUUUUUUCAGAGGUCAGGGAGACGAUUUCAAUGAAGAUUGCUGCUGGAAUAUUAUUAGUGUCGGAGUUGUGAGGCCAUCUCAGAUUCAGUAGCAAUUAAAAGAAAACUGAACUAAGGCAAAGUGAACUGUUGAAAUAAAAAAGAGCUGAAGAUGGAGCGGGGAGAAAAGAGGCUGACAGCGAAUGACAAGGGUCUCGUCAGGGACAGCUGGGAGAGACUGGGGAAGAACAAACUCCCACACGGGACCGUCAUGUUUGCCAGAUUGUUUGAGCUGGACCCAGAGCUGUUGAAGCUCUUUCACUACAACACUGCCUUCACUAGUGCGCAGGAGUGCCUCUCCAGCCCGGAAUUCAUUGAUCACAUCAGUAAGGUGAUGCUGGUGAUAGAUGCUGCGGUUAGUCAUCUUGACGACUUGCAGUCCCUGGCCGAAUACCUUGUGAACUUGGGCCGGAAGCACCAAGCUGUCGGGGUGAAAACCCAGUCAUUCAAUGCUGUUGGGGAGUCCCUGCUGUACAUGCUGGAACGCAGUCUGGGACCAGGGUACAGCACGGAGCUCCGAGACGCCUGGGUUACCCUCUAUGCCAUCGUGGUGGAGACAAUGAGCAGCGGCUGGACAGAAAACGGAGAGAAUAAGAGCGGCUGAAGGGAGGAGAGCUGGACCGCUGCUUUCCAUGUACAC